AUGGUCGGCAAAACUACCGGGCCCCAGUUGGAGCAACGAAUUCAAUGUAUAAAAUUUACCAUCUUCUGCUUAAAUGCCAUCAUAUGGUUGCUCGGCAUCUCGAUGUUUGGAUUGUGCAUGUGGCUGAGGCUGGAAUCAGGAUUCCAAGAAUGGGUCGAAUUUCUUGAUAUAUAUGAAUUUUACAUCGGGAUUUACAUCCUACUCGCGGCUUCAAUAUUCAUCGUAAUAAUCACAUUCGUCGGUUGUGGAGUCACGCUUAUGGAGCACAUCAUUGGCCUCUUCGUUUAUGUAGGUUUACAAUUAUUCUGCUACGCUAUCGGCUUGGUGGGGACAGCGAUACUCCUGGACUAUUCUACCUAUGACAGCAAAAUUCAACCGCUUAUACGGCGUUCCAUGACCGCGCUGAUAAAUAAAUACAGCGACGAAAAAACAACGUUCAUUUUGCAAAUUAUUCAAGAAAGCAUCGGUUGCUGUGGUGCUGAUGGCCCAAUGGAUUAUUUGAAGUUGAAGAAACCUCUUCCCAACGAAUGCAGAGACACCGUUACUGGGAAUGCUUUCUUCUAUGGCUGCGUUGAAGAGAUUUCGUGGUUUCUAGAAGGCAGGUCAGGAUGGCUUGCUGGUCUGGCAUUGGCACUAUGUUUGCUUCAUGUAAUAAUAGCUGCGCUCACUCUGGUGCUUGUACGGGCAAUCAAGAAAGAAGAGCAGUCUGUUACGUUCAAACGUUAAUGUUCGCUCGUUUUUCAACGUGCGUUAUAGAAAUCAGACUGCGGAUCUUUAUUCAAAAUAAAAUUUUAGCUUUACAUUCAAUAA